GCGGUUUCUCUUUGCCGCCCGCCUGUGUGUGUCCCGAGCAGUGCCCGCGUGCGGCGUCCACGUCGCGACUCCGCCGACCGUCCUCUUCAGGCCUACACGACCUGCUGCGACUCUUCCUGCCGAGGUUCUACCAGCAGAAGGCAGCUCUGCCUCCCGCAGCCAUGAAGCAUGUGCUGAGCCUGUAUCUGCUGGGCACGGUGCUGACGCUGCUGUCCAUCUUCGUCAGGCUGAUGGAGUCCCUGGGCGGCAUACUGGAGAGCCCUUUGUCUGGGAGCCCCUGGAUCUUGAGGGGCCAGCUGGCCAGCACGGAGCCUCCUGAGAGCCUUCCAGACCACUCCUCCAGAGGGGUGCAGUAAACUUCCCGAUUCAGCGGUGCUCUUCCACCCACGUCAGCGUGUCCAACCAUGAGUCUGUUUUCCAAGAGGCAGAGUCUCCCAAAAACUGUUACUAGGCCUGGGGGCCUGUUCCGGAUGUUCCGGACCCUGGAAAAGAGCCUAGUUAAGGCAAAGGUGUGAGUGGGUUGCUAUGGCUCUGAGAUGGAGAUAGACCAGCUGCAGCUGUUGGGAAAUCCAUUGUUUGUUUGUUUGUUUGUUUGUUUGUUUUUCCAACCCCAAAGGACUCUUUUGGACAUAAAUAUCUUCUGGGUUGUUGGCUAAGGAGUCUCUUUCAUGAGAGCUGUUCGGACAGCAGUUAAGGGAUAGGGCGGGCUAUGAGGAGAGGUUGGAAUAUGCAGAGUCCGGGUCUCAGGUGUAUACGCUUGGGUCUUCCUCCAGAAGUGCACGCGUGCUCGUGUGUAACGUGUACAGAGGGCUGUGAGAUGACAGGGCCCGGGGUUGGGUGUUCUGGCCACUGUGUGGCCUAAAUUAAUUUUUCUAAUGCAAUAAAUGUAAAUAUAUAUAUUUUCA